GGUGGGAAACCAACGGGACCAAAACAAACCCCAAACUCUCUGUUCCACGUGUUAAGGGAGGGAGUGUAUGAUGGCUCUUCCGUGUCUCCCGUGGCAGGAGCACGUCACGCAGAAGUGGACUGAACUGGAUCCACAGCUGAAAGAGACAUUUUCCUCCCUGCUUGAAAUAGAUGAUGUUUUUAAUUGUGCUUUAAGUCUGACAACACAAAAUGAUCUGGAUGUCCUGCAGUCAGUAUCUGAAGAAUACUCUGGGAAGAAAGACACAGAUGAAGCAGCCAAAAGCAGAGACGGGGGCAACUCCAGCUUCAAGGCUCGACACUACGUGACAGCAGUCCUGCACUAUUCACAGGGCGUAUGUUUGGCUCCCAAGAAGUCUGAGCAGCUGUGUCUGUGCUACGCCAACCGCUCUGCUGCACUCUACCAUCUGCAGCGCUACAAGGAGUGCCUUGAUGAUAUCGACAGAGCUUUCAAGAAUGACUACCCCCCCCAUCUUUCACACAAACUACAGGAGCGUCGCAGACUGUGUCUGAACCGCCUCUCUUUACAGGAAAAAACAGGCAACGGUGAUCACAAUCAUGCCUCAGAUUGCAAGGGUAGGGCGCUACCGGACAAAGCUUUUCCACUCGGCCCUCAGGUUUCUGUUGACUUCAGUGCAAAAAGAGGUCGAGGCCUGGUGGCUCUGGAGAGGAUAGCUGCCGGGGAGGAGAUCCUCGUGGAUCGGCCGUACAGCUGCGUCCUCAUCCCAGGUCUGGAGGAGGUGAGAGGGACGGGAGACAGAGCUCAGGAUAAACGGAGAGAAAGGUUUUUUGGAACGGAGCACAGGCGGUGUCACUGGUGUUUGGCCGAGACUCUGUGUUGCGUGCCGUGCGAGGCCUGCAGUUACAGCCGCUACUGUUCAAGCGGCUGCCAGCAGGAGGCCUGGGAGGAGCAUCACCGCUGGGAAUGUCCCAUGGGACCAGACCUCCGGGCGACGGGCGUCCUGUCACAGCUCGCACUGAGGGUAGCGGUGAAGGCAGGGCUUAGGAACAUCCAAAUGGCCAGGCAGUCGGCCAGAGACCAACACGAGGAGUCGGAUCCCAGCAGUCGUAACAGCAGCUCCAGUGAUCAAAUCAGUCCUGACGGCUCGUACCACGGGGACUCGUACAUGAGCGUGUUUCACUUGCUGCACCACACGAAUCGCCACAACACUGGUCUGCGGUUCCUGUGCGCAGUUACCAUGGCAACACUCUACUUGAAACUCAGCGAGACGGGACCUCUAUGUUUCUCAGGGGGCCUUAGCGAUCCUUCAUCAGCGGAGAGGACGAGCGAGGAGGGAGACGGUGCAGGGUCCAGCUCAGAGUCCUGGGUCCUGGGAAGUGCAGCUCUACGGCACAUGCUGCAACUGAGAUGCAACGCACAGGCCGUCAUCGCAGUCCAGGACACAGGAGCAGAAAACUCACCUGUGCAGUCCAGGCAGGAAAUCCGCAUCGCCACAGCCAUGUUCCCGACUCUCAGUCUUCUCAAUCACUCCUGCCGUCCCAACACAAGCAUGGCGUUCAGCACCGGAGCGUCUGCACAGGCCGGCGUGUCAGAUGGGCCUGCAGACACGAGUCUGCCUGGUGGGAGAAACCAGGCCCCUGGAGUUACUGUGACAGUCAGAGCAGCCAAAGUGAUCACAUCCGGACAAGAAAUCCUGCACUGCUACGGUCCUCACAGCAGCAGGAUGGAGACUCCAGAACGGCAACGUAUCCUGCAGGAACAGUACUACUUCCUGUGUGAGUGUGAGGCCUGCGGCCUGCAGGAGGAGGUGGAGGAGGUGCAGGAGGUGCAGGAGGGCCGACGGCCACGUUCAGGUCCCAGGGGGAGUCCAUACGAGUCUGGUCUGCUCUGUGGAAACUGCAAAGGAGCUCUCAAAAAAAGCUCUGAAAACGGAGGAGGUGGAUUUACAUGUGCGCUGUCCACCUGCGGAGGUCGUAUGUCUUCAGCGGAAGUGAGCAGCAGGCUGCAGGAGGUCAGAGUCGUCCUGGACGCGGCUGUGGAACUCAUGGAGAAAGAAAUGCCAGGGGAGGCGUUGCAGCUGCUGAAGAGGACGGGGAGCGGCUCCGGGCGGAUCCUCGCCGAGACCCACCCUCUCCAGGGCGAGCUGGCCGACGCCACGGCCAGAGCCUACGCCACCAUGGGUGACUGGAAGAAUGCCGCCUCCCACUUAGAGCGCAGCGCUGCAGCGGCGGCCUCCCAGUUCGGAGAAGACAGCGUAGAAGUGGGACAACAGCUCUUCAAAGUGGCUCAGCUGCACUUCAAUGGCGGCGCCAGGGGCCCGGCCCUCUCCGUCAUUCCCAAGGUCAGGAGGAUCCUCUGCCUUCACUGCGGUCCUCACUGCCCUGAGGUGCAGGAGCUGAAGGCCAUGGAGAACUGCCUGCGAGGCUCGUCUUGAUGGAAAUAAACACACGCCACCACAUUUAACAUUAAGUUUUGUCUCAAGUGA